GGGUCACGUGCCGUGGGGCGGUGGCUGCUGGCGUGCGGCGGCGCGUGGUUGCGGGGUACCCGGCGCUAACCUUGCGCGGCCGUAACCCUGCGCACCAUGGCCUCGGUGCCGGCCGCACCCACGGCACUGCCCGCAGCCGUGCCGGAGUCCUAUAGCCACGUGCUGGCGGAGCUGGAGUGCUUAGACCCCCUGCUGUCUGCGCUGCGGCUGGACUCCGCUCGGCUGAAGUGCACGUGCAUCACUGUGUCAAGGAAGUGGUUGGCUCUCGGCACCUCAGGAGGAGGGCUGAACCUUAUCCAGAAGGAUGGUUGGAAGCAGAGACUCUUCCUUACCCAUAAGGAGGGUGCCAUUUCCCGAGUUGCAUGUUGUCUACACGAUGAAGACUAUGUUGCUGUUGCCACCAGCCAGGGUCUUGUGGUAGUGUGGGAGCUGAAUCAGGAACGUCGUGGGAAGCCAGAACGGAUUUACGUUUCCUCUGAACAUAAGGGCAGAAAAGUUACAGCUCUGUGUUGGGAUACAGCUGCCCUCCGUGUUUUCAUAGGAGAUCAUGUAGGGAAAGUAUCAGCCAUCAAAAUUAACACAUCCAAACAAGGGAAGGCUGCUGCUACUUUUGUGAUGUUUCCUGUUCAGAUUAUAACCACUGUAGAUUCUCGGGUUGUUCAGCUGGAUUAUUUGGAUGGAAGAUUGCUCAUAUCUUCACUUACACGCACUUAUUUAUGUGAUACUGAGAGAGAGAAGUUUUGGAAAAUUGGUAACAAAGAGAGAGAUGGAGAAUUUGGAGCGUGUUUCUUCCCUGCUGGAAAAAACAGUGGGAAUCAGCAGCCAUUAAUAUACUGUGCCCGGCCUGGCUCGAGGAUGUGGGAGGUGAACUUUGAUGGGGAAGUGCAGAGCACGCAUCAGUUCAAGCAGCUGCUCUCAUCUCCUCCUCUCCCCGUUGUUACUCUCAGGACAGAUCCUCAUUAUACUAGUUCCAUCUGCUCUGCACAAUCUUUGUCUUUCUCCAAGCUGCUAUAUUUGACUGAGCAUUAUGUGUUGACCUGGACAGAAAGAGGCAUUUAUAUUUUUAUUCCCCAAAGUGUUCAAGUCUUGCUGUGGAGUGAAGUAAAAGGUAAACUUUAAGAAUCUUAGUUAAGU